UUAAACACAUGCUUCACCUUUAGCAAUGAUCUCAUUUCUACAGAAAUAUUCUGAUGUAGGUAUCAGAAUAUUGCCCAGUAAUUACCUGUUCAUUCAGAGACAUGUGGACUGGCCAGACCUUAAGAACUCACCUUACUUACCUCUGUGCCUCAUGGCAGGAUUUGAUUACCAACAUCAUUCCUGGUUGAUGUUUGCCUUCAGAUGACCCAUCACAGAGUUUCUUUCAGUCCUUGGGUGCUCCAUUGCCUGAAACUGAAAACUCUGAAACUCUGUCCAACACUGAAUGCUUUCCCUGAUACCUAACCUGAAUUUUACUUGUUGUAAUCUUCUAGUCACAGGCUGAUGGGCUUUGAGAGCGUGUGAAAGCUUAAGGUGUUACAUUUCUGCUCAAGUCUUCCCUUAACUUGUUUCCUCUCUGAUACUCUUUAGGCUCUCAUAUCCUUUGCUGUGUACUGGCUUCUCUUUAUCUGCUGCAUGUCUUGCUUAAGUGCAGUAUCUGAGCUGGGCACAGCGUGAGUGAGUGGAGGCUUUAUCAGCGCUGUGCAGAGUGGAAGGAUUACGUCAUGUGUCUUGUAGAGGACACCGGUGUUUUGCUGGCAUCAUUUCACAAGUGCAUGGCAUUGUUUAUGUCUCUUCAGUUUAUGGUACUCCAAACCCCCAGAUCCUUUUCUGCAGAACAGAUACCUAAUCAGUUGAUUAUUUAGAGCUAGUCAUUUACAGUUGGCAAUGCCUAAUUGCAGUUGAGAGCUUGCCCAUAUUGAACUGCACCCAAUCUCCAUCAAUCUGUCAAGAAUUUUCUUAAUUCUAGUCUUACCUUCAAAGCACACACCUUUCCCAGCUUGUGUCAUCUGCACAUUUAAUAGGGUAGUUGCAAUCCAGGUUGUUAAAGAAUGCAAAUCAUUAGCCUUCUUCUUGUCCUUCCUGUAACUCCAUUACAUGCAGCCUCACUUUCUGCAGGGUCUUCUCUAGCCCCUGGGUCAUUUCCUGCUGCUUGUCCUGCUUGUGAGCCUGUGUUCCCCAGCCCUGUGGAUCACAGCCCAAAGCUCUCAGCUUGAGGUUAGGAGGCUCAUCUUGCUCUGGUCCAGGCAACUUCCCAAAAUGCCUCUGAUGUUCACAUGGCUGUAUAGCAAGAGCAUUUAACAGGAUGGUAUAAAACCAUUGCAGGAAGCCUGCACAGUUUCCCAGCAACAUUUGGAUUUGAUUUUCUAGGGGAAGAACAAAUUGGGAUGUCAGCAGUGGUCCCUAGGUAGCUGGCUAUAGGUUAUUUCUUUGCAGUCAGUCAUUAAACAUUCCUGCUCUUGCAAAAUUAUUAGAGGAUUGUCAGACUAUGCUAUAUAAUUAACCUUCAACAAAGCAAACCCAUUUCUGAGCUAAACUGUGUGCUUGUAUGGAGCCUUUCAUCUUGUGGUUAAAUCUGUAGUUCCCUUUUUCAAUGUGUGCUUGUCUAACUUAUCUGCCAUCAUUUCUGAAGUACCUAUCACAUUUGUACUUGAAAGACAGCAGUUAUAAAAGAAACCCACAGGAAGAUGAUCCAGAGGACGUUUGAACAAAUGGAGCUGACUCUUCACAGAACUUUCGAGCCUUGCAGUGCCUCAUGAAACAAUCUAGGAAGCAUAAAAACAUGCUGGUUUUUAGCAUUAAAAAUAGUUGUUCAUUUAAUUUAGAAACAAACAAAAUAGUUUCUCUUACACCCAAUAAUUAACACUGGAGAAUUAGCUUUGAGGUGAGUACUGAUGCUGCUUCUUUAGCAAGCUUUAUUGAAACAGAAACUGGAAAGUAAAUUCUAGUAAGUACCUAGUUUAUAUAUAGUGGCAGCUAAAAAUAUGGUUAUUUCUGUUCUUCGAGUAAAUGGGACUCCACUGAAAGCCAAUAUACUUGAACCUGACUCACUCCUCUCCAUGGAGAAAUGCUCUAAUUCAGCAGCAGUGACUGCUUUUCUGAACAUCCACAUGUGAGUGUUUUGAAACCAGUAGCUUUCUCAAGGUAUGCUGGCAAAAGCAAAGGGAACAAAAUGAAAUGUGGUUGAUGGAACUUACAUUAAAUUUAACAAUGACAAGAUGCAUUUUGCUGCAAGGAAAGGAGAAGUGUCUAUCCCUUGCAAUGUAGCAGUUUAAUUCCUUUGAUCAUGUGGAUAUACCAUGCUCCAUGGUUUGUGUGCUUAACUAUUGGGAUUGUGCUCCUUUUUAGGUAUCAGCCUCUUUAAGAUGGUGACAGAUCCAAGUACUGGUACAUGACUGUUCUAAUAUACCAUUUAAAGAUCAUAGCCAGCAUGAUGAAAGUUUUUGUCAUCCUCCUUUGGACAGCAAAUUUCGUUCAGCCAAACAUACUUCAGGCUGCAGGAGUUCAAGUCUUCCCACCUGUUAACUUCACCCUUACAGUCUCUGCAUUAGCACAAGUGCUUUUACAGUGGAAACCAAACCCUAAUCAAGAACGAAAAAACUACACUAUUAGAUAUGAUGUGAAAAUCCUAAGCCCAGUGCCUGAAGAGUAUGAUACAAAGAAGACUCACAGUAUCCGAACAGCUGCACUUCACAAUGGUUUCUCGGCACACGUUCGAACAUUACUUCUCCAUAAUGACCUUCAGAUGAGAAGUGACUGGGUGAAGGAAAAACUUCCGCCUGCACUGGGUGAUCCAGAGACAUCUGUCACCAAUUUGUCCUGUGUUACUCGCAUUAGCGUUUUUAGUACUGUUUCUCUCCAUUGCACUUGGCUUCCUGGCCAAGAAGCACCAGAAGAUACCAAGUACUUCCUAUUUUACAGGUAUAAGACAUACACUGAAGAAUGUCAAGAUUACAUAAAAGACAAGUGGAACAGGAAUACUGAAUGCAGAUUUUCAGUGACUCAUAUUGAUCCUGAAGAGGUUGAUAAUCUCAUUGUAAUACACAUUAACGGUUCUAGCAAGUAUGCUGCAAUCAAGCCUUUUCAGCAGCUGUUUAACCAAAAUGCCAUUGAGAAAGUGAAUGUUCCCAGAAAUGUCACUGUAUUCUUAAAGCAAAAUGAUCUCCUGGCCACAUGGGAGAAGCCAAUUUCUCCUUUCCCUAAAGAAUGCUUUGAAUAUGAAUUUUAUCUCUUCAACUUGAAGUCAGGUAACAAGCAGAUACUGAAAAUACCCGUAAAUGACUUCAGAUUACGGAUUGAUGUUACCAGCAGGUAUUCCAUACAAAUUAGAGCUAAUCAUCACAUAUGUUGUACAAGAGGGUUUUGGAGUGAUUGGAGUGAAAUUAUUUAUGUUGGGCAAAACAAACUGGAGAAUUCCACAGUCUGGAUUCUCUCUGUGCUUUGUGUGUCCACAUGCUGCACAUUCCUGCUUGUUGCUAUAAUAUGCAAAACAAACCACGUAUGGAGUAAACUCUUCCCACCAAUUCCAACACCCAGCAACAAAUUCAGAGGCCCCUUCCCAAAUAACUACGAGAGAGCACGUACCUGCACCAGUGAGACAGAAACCGAAUUCAGUAGCUUUGCCGAAGAUCUCUACUGCAAUGCCCUUGAUGACUCUGUCUUCUGAGAGCCUGCAGGGCUGGUGAGGCUGGUGGCCCUGGCACGUCGCUGGAGUGGGCUUCACGUCACCUCUGCUGCAGCAAUGUUUCCUGCAGGACAGGAGGACUUGCUUCCACAAGGUGCCUUGCAUCAAGAUAAGCUACUCAAGAAAAUGUCUCAGUUUGUACAGUCUGCACAA